AUGGGCUUACCAAGUUUGAGAGGAUUAUUAUUCUGGUUAUUGUUAUUUGUUUCAUCGUUUUUGGGAUGCGUAUUUAUGCUCUUUCCAUUUGUACCGUUUGUUUAUUUUGCUCCAUCAUUGUGGAGAAUUUGUGCUGAUUACUUUGUUGGUUAUUGGUUAACAUUUCCAGCAGCUUUGUGUGAAUGUAUUUUCGGGAUUAAAUUUGAAAUCACUGGAGAUUUGAUCAAUAGUUCGGAACCGGCGCUAAUCAUUAUGAACCACAGAACAAGACUUGACUGGUUAUUCUUUUGGAAUGCACUGUAUAGACUGGAUCCAUGGUUACUUACAACAAAAAAAAUAUCAUUAAAAAAUUCACUAAAAUAUAUUCCAGGCGCAGGAUGGGCAAUGCAAUGUGCAGCUUACUUAUUUUUGCAACGUCAUCAUAGAAUUGAUAUCAACGCAAUGCGUGAGAUGAUUACUUACUACAAGGAUUCAAAGCGUAAUUAUCAAAUAUUACUAUUUCCAGAAGGGACAGAUCGUGGAAAACGAGCAAUAAAACGCAGUGAUGAUUUUGCAGAACUUCACAAUUUACCGAAAUAUCAAUUUGUUCUGCACCCACGUACAACAGGUUUUGUAUCCCUAGUGCAGUUUAUGCGAGAAAAGAAUUAUAUAAAGAAUAUUUACGAUGUGACGGUUGGAUAUCCGGAUGAAAUAGUCAGUACAGAGUUCGAAGUACUCAUUUAUGGACGUCUACCGAAUUCUGUACAUUUUAAUGUAAAACAAUACAAAGAAAAUGACUUACCUAAAAGUGAUCGUGAUUUAGCCGAAUGGAUUAAUGCAAUUUGGAAAGAGAAAGAAAUUCGGCUAGAAAAAUUUUAUAAAUCUGAUAGUGAAGAGCGAAAAUUCUUCGCUUUUGGAAAACACAACAUCUGGACAAAGUUCUCAGCAGAUACUGGUUAUUAUUGUGCGCUAGCAUUCUGGCUGGCAAUAUCCAUAAUUUGGAUAUACUUCAUAAUUUUUUACUUCACUGUCAAAAUUUAUGUGCUAGUGUCGUGUACAUUCUUCUUCUACUGUGAAAGACGGUAUGGUGGUGUUCAGAAUUGGACUUUAAAAUUAUUGAAACAAAAACAGAAGCAAUAG